AACUUGAAACAGAGCGAGUUUACCUGAUCGAUGAUGGCACAAACCUAUAAAGUGAAUACCCAGUUGUAAAAUUUCUAAACAUAAGCGGGGGUAGAUAAUGGUGUCAGUUGUGUUGAAAGGUUCACCGCAAUAUCUCAUCUAAUAAUAGCUUGAGCGGGAAAAGCCUCUCUAUUUUCGUAGCAAAACCAAGGAAAACUUCGUGUGGUUCUGUAUGUGAAUUUCAAGUGCUUGCUCUGUUAAAAUAAUCAGACAAACCUUUGAAACGACGGGUAAACAAGUCGACCUCAUUGUGUAAGGGUUGCAACGGUUUCAGGUGGCAUUAUAGUGAAUUAACUAAAUAAUGGGGGAUAAUGAAGAUUUGCCAAAUGGCCCUAGAAUAUCCCUCAGGCUAGCUUUAACUGAGCUAAAUGAAUCCAUAUCAGAAGGCACCCCUAAUAAAAGUAUCAAUGUGGACGAACUACUGGUGUUGCAAAGAGGACCACGAAAACUUCCCAUCACCUGGUCGCCUGUUGACUACGAUAGGUAUUUAAUUAUUAUAUUAUUUUUGUUUAUAAACUUUUGGAUGUCUGUCUCCGUCUCGCACAUAACAAAACAGCGUUGUUCGGAUUAUUAAAAACGCUACAACCAUCUAGGCGAAACAUUCGACAGUGACAUUAUACGUCACUGUCAUUUGAUACAGGUUGUCUCUGAUGUUAUUUUGUUCAUCAAGUUUCAAUUUAAUUGAAAAACGAAAGUUUGGGGUUGUUUAAAGCUUAAUCACUUCCUGCUGGGUUUCUAAUCCAUGCAAAAUGAAUGCAGCAAAGGAAGAAACGGACCCAGAUUUUGGAGGGAAUCCGGCCAUCUUGGACACAAAUAAAUCGUCAAUGCAAAUUUUAUCAGAAUUGUUUAGUACAUUUGAUGCCGAACCCCCCGUGAUUGUGAAGAAGGAAAAGAGUCACGAAGGCAAAAAGAGCAAGAAAAGCAAAAAAAAGCGCAAGCAUAAAGAGAAAAAACAUAAAAAGAAAAGCAAGAAAAAAAAGAGGUCCUCGAAUUCCUCUUCGAAUGAGGAUUCUGAGGUGGACUUAGCGCAUCUGCUCAUCAAACAGGAAAAGGAUAAAGCUGACGAAAAAAUAAAAAUCGAAGGCACCUCGUUAUCUUUGGAUAUAAAAUUGGAAAUAAACAAAGAAGACCAGACGUUUAAGUCGGAAAUAAACACCAGUAAUGCUAGCCAAUCGGAGAAAAAUAGAGAGGAUAAGACCAAGCAAAAAAUUCGGAUCAAGGAUAUUCAGCUAUCAUCAAUCAACAGGAAGCAAAAGCAUGAGGAAGGCGAAAUUACAGAUUCCGACAGUAGCAGUAAGAAGAAAAAACGUAGACACAAAGCUAAAGAUCGACUCACGAAAAGAAAAAGUUCCAGUGGCGAAAGAGGCCGACAUAAAAAGGCAAAGUAUGAAAAGCUUAGUCCCGAAAGAGAAAAACAUAAAUCUAGACACGAUUAUCAACGCAAGGAAAGGUCCAGGUCGAGAUCUAGGGAUCACUUUUACCACGACAGGCAUCGGGAUGAGUACAAAUACGAGCACAGAGCCAGAUACAGAGAUAGGGAAUCGCCGUUUCGGGACGAUGGAUUUUAUAAGUCUAGGGAAAGAGAAAAGUCUUGGCUGAUGCGAGAGAAAUGCAGAGACUAUGAGGAACGAGACAGGUCAUUUGAAGGCAAAAGAGAAAGGAGCAAGCAGGACUCGUCUCGUAUUGACAAAAAGAAACUUCUGGAAAUCGCAAGGAAGAAUGCCAUUCAGAUGAUGAAGUCAGGCAGCUUGCCGGGCGCCCUCAAUUUAGGAUCCAAAGCUCAGGAAAAAAUGAUAGCCGCUAUAAAAACAGGAGGCAAAUCAAUCGACGAACUCACCGACUUCUGCAAGUCGCUCUCAAAAAAAGAGGAACUUGGUGAGCUUUCAAGUUUAUCCGAAAAGGAGGACACGGACAAUGACGAACCUUUCCAUCACCCAUUCAAACUGAAAGACCGACCUACCACCAUAACAAUGAACAUUAAAAAUUCUGUUCCUUUGCCCACUAAAACAACCCACGAAAGGACGACGGAGUUGAGAAUUCAGUUCCCAGUGAGCAGUGGACAGCAGCAUAGAGUGAAUGAGGAAUGGAUACCUGUUGGCCGCUCACAUACAAAAGCAGCAGCAACUGUCGAAGCCCCAAAACCUAAAGCAGUACCCACUGUUGCUGCUGCUUUGGCAAUUGAAGCGCCUCCUCCGCCUGUGCCUUUGCAACCCAGCCCUGCCCUAAUCGCAGCUCCCCCAAAUGCCCCACCUGGACCUCAAGUGUUCCCCACAGUUCCGCCUACCGGUGCGGAACUUUCCUCUGUAGACUUAGGGUCAAUAGUGUCCCAAAGAUUAACCGCCAUGCGAAAACUGCAGGAGAAUCCACAUGAUGUGCAAGCCCUAAGUGAAAUGUACAAAUCAAAUCAAGAAAUGGACACUUGGGCUAAAAGCAAGCAGCAACUGGGCCAGUUUACCGGAAGUACUGGCGUUCAGGUGCUGUCCCAAGCAGAAUUAGCUUCUGGCUAUCAGGCAUGGGCGAAGAAAAACCAGCUUCAAACUGCCGCCCCAGUAUCUGGAGGCAUGGGAAUGCAUUUAUUGCAAAAAAUGGGCUGGAAGCCAGGCGAAGGCCUGGGCAAGGAGAAAACCGGUACUCUUGAACCGCUGCUCCUUGAGGUAAAACUGGAUAAAAAAGGCCUAGUCGCCAAUGAGGAGCAGAAAGGCAAGAAAAAAGUUAAAGCAGUUCAAACGGUGAAAACUCUACAGGGUAAACAUCCAGUAUCAUUGCUGGGAGAAUAUGCAUCCAAAAGAAAAUUAGGGGCCCCACAAUAUGUACUGGAGUUUGAGUGUGGGCCUGAUCACAAGAAGAACUUCCUGUUUAAAGUAGUCCUAAACGGCAUGGAGUAUAAACCAAAUGUUGCUAGCGCAAAUAAGAAGGAAGCCAAAGCGCACGCGGCCACAAUGGCUCUGAAGCAAAUCGGGCUGCUGGUCUGAAGCGAAGAAUUUUUCUAGAGAAAUUAUUUUUCUAUUGUGAUAAUAAAUUAUGUUCGAGCAUAAGAGACGCUAAAUAAUUUACCAAAUUCCUACAUGCAUAAAGCCAGUAGGUUUUUUUUUAUUGCGGUUAUUAUAAUUUUAUAGUAACGGUGCGAAAUUGUAAACUUUGUUACUAAAGGACUUUUGAAGCCAGACUCUUGAAGGAACCAAAUUAUUGGGGCCUACAAGAAGCAGAACUCCUGAACCUCCCAAACAACGCAAAGCCAACAUUCAUCCACGACUGAGAAAACGAUUGAUUUUAUCAACGGAAAAGAAUCAUUCGCAACAGCUGGGCCAGUUCAUUGCGAAAAGGCUCAAAACUCUUGAGAGUUUCGAGAAAGCUGUGAAAGUAAGUUAAGCAAUCAGUGCCCAAUCAAACCAUUUUACAGCUUAAGUUCAUCCAUUUAAUGUUUCUGUUGUAUGUAAAAUAGUCAAUGUUUCUUUACUCAGUAAGCAUUUGUCUAAUUUCUAUACUUAUACAAUCGUGAUUUGUUAAAUGUGAGACAAUUUUAAUGACAUUCUUUACUAUACCUAAUACGAUAGAUGGGAGUUGCAGUUGCUCAAUUUAAUGUGCCUUAGUAUAAAAGUUUACAGUUUAUGAACCAGAUAGAACCAAAUAAAUUUUAUUCGGAUUA